GACCAGCCUCAAUAAAAGCACAGCAGUGAACGGCUGCUAAUUGUGCACAGCAGCGAUCUUCGGUCCAAAACGUUUGAGAUCCUCCCUGACGCCAUGUCUGCACCUCUCCUGACUCCCCUGGUAGUGGGUCUCCUGAUUGCCUUGGCACAAGCAGCCCAACAGGACUCAGGCAUUGUGAAUGGCAGGGAGGCUCAGCCACACUCCAGACCUUACAUGGUCUCUGUGCAGCAAGGAAACGAGCACAUCUGUGGAGGUUUCCUGGUGUCCAACUCCUUUGUAAUGACGGCAGCACAUUGCCGGGAGAGGAAAGAGAGCCUGACAGUUCUGCUUGGGGCCCAUGACAUUUCUAAGAAAAAAAAGUCAAUCAGGGUUAAAGUGGCUAAAUACCACGUCUACCCUGCGUAUGACGCUGACACACUGGAGAAUGACAUCAUGCUGUUGCAGCUCAAGACUGCAGUUCAGAAGAGCAAAGAAGUGCAGUGGAUCCCCCUGCCUAAGAGAGAUAAAGACAUCAAGCCCAAAACGCUCUGCAGUGUGGCAGGAUGGGGGGCUAUCAAAUCGAAUGGGGCCAUAAGCCCACGCCUUCAGGAAGUCAAUGUGAGUGUCGUGGACCGAAAGCUGUGCCAAAAAAUAUGGAAAAGUCCAAUCACAAACAGGAUGGUGUGUGCUGGGGGAAGUGCCGGCAACAGAGGCUUCUGUCAGGGGGAUUCAGGAGGUCCUCUGGUGUGUAAGGACACAGCGGUGGGCAUCGUGUCCUUCAAUGAAGCUGGAAACUGCAACACACCUAAAAAACCGAAUGUUUACACUCAAAUAUCCAAGUACCUGCCCUGGGUCAAGUGUAUCAUAAGCAGUAUAAAGUGCCGAGCUGAAGAGGACAGACUGGGUAUCGUUGGGGGUACUGAAGCGAAGCCCCAUUCCCGCCCUUACAUGGCUUCUCUGCAGGAGGACAAGAUACAUGACUGUGGAGGAAUUCUGGUCAGUGAAGAUUUUGUGCUCACCGCUGCACAUUGUGCCGGGCAAUACAGAAUAGUCCUGGGUGCUCAUUCAGUACAUUCACCAGAAUCAACUCAACAGGUACUGGGGAUCAGCCACUCCUACCGACACCCAAAAUACAACAAGAAAAACAAUGACCUCAUGCUACUCAAGUUGGACAGGAAGGCGAACCUGACGAGCUCCGUCCAGGUGAUCCCUUUGCUGAAGCGGCGCCCGCCGUCGGGCAAGGUCUGCAGCACAGCAGGCUGGGGGGACUUAGAUGACAACGACACCGUCCCCGACAAACUGCAAGAGGUGAACACCACCGUCCUGGGACAGCCCGACUGCGCUCAGCGGUGGAGAGGCAGAGCGCGGAUUACCCGGAGCAUGGUGUGCGCAACGGGCCAGAGGCAGUUUCAAGGCUUCUGUUCGGGGGACUCCGGGGGCCCGCUGGUGUGCGAUGGAAAGGCAGCCGGCACAGUCUCCUUCUCAGGACAGCGAUGUGGAGAUAACAGAACCCCGGAUGUUUAUAUGCUUAUUCCCCGCUACAUAAAAUGGAUCAAAAGCAUUCUUAAACGUGGAUAACGUCCUUACUUUUCAUAAUUUGUGUUGUUUAAAAAAUGCAGUUUUAUUUUGCUUCUUAAAACCUUGUACUUUGUACUUUGCGCAAUCCCAUGAAACAAUAAUGGUGAUUUGUGUGUGAAGACACAAUUGCUUUUAAUAAAACUGAUCCAACUCACCA